AUGCCGAAGGUCCCCGACUCGCCGGACUUUGCUAAGUAUAUCAGGUUCAAGGACAAACGCGGCGGGUCACGGUCAACGAAGUCAAUGCAGUCUACAAGCUCAACGCGGUCAUCUAUUAGCUCAGCUCAGCUUGACGUGAGGCAAGCUGCAGCGAAGGCCUCAGCCGCAGUCGCUAACCCCGUUAUAGCACAGCAGGUGCAGGCUACGCUGAAUAACGAGGCGCCUAUUAACGCGGUCAGCGAGUUACAACUGACCCAACAGCAGCAGCAGCAGGAGGAGGCAGAGGGGCAGAACCAACAGCAAGCGCUGCGGCGCAGGCUGGGUCCUACCGCGCUAAAGGCCUUCCCCGCGCCCGACGCGCUUCUUACCGCCUCCCCCAGUGGCGGAAAGAAGAAAGUCUCCGCCUUCCGCCAAGCCGCCAUCGCUCGCCACCUCCAAUCCGUCUCCGCGGUGGGCGCGGGCGGCUCGCCGAGAAAUAGCCAGGUAACUUCCGGCACGUUAGGCGCUGCGGAACUGAAGGCGGAUCCCCCCUCGCAGCCAGCGGUUAUUAAUCACCGCUUGGCCGCCGCCAUUGCCGCCGCUUCCCGCGGAACCGGCGGAGCUGGUUCCUCCCCAUCUCCCGCCCAGAUUGCGGCGGCGGCGAGCGCCGCUACGCGGCUAGCGAAGCGCCAUUCCGCCGACCCGGAGCGUCCCAGCGCUGAUUCCGGCGGAGCGAACAGUGCGGGGAGCGCGGGGGGGAGCACCGGGGGAAGCGGAGCCAGUAACAGCGCGGGUAAGGGUGCGCCCUGGGAAUUGACGCGUUCGAAAACAGGCGACUCGGGUGGGUCAGCCCAUGGAGAAGAGGGCACUCGCGAAGUGCCGGCGCGCAGUGCGGGUAUGGGGAUGGGGCUGGUGAUGGGGAUGGGGAUGGGGAUGGGGAUGGGGAUGGCGGAAGCCGACGAGGGCGGAGCGGCGAUUGCGCGGCGGAAGACCGCGGAUCAUCUGCACACCAUGCGGAACGCGCGCGAAGCGGAGCGAAGCAUGCAAUCGCAACGCUUCCCCUCGUCUCGCUCCACGAUGACUGGCGACAUGCCGGUUUCGCUAGAGGAGCUGUGCAGCGGCGAAAUUGACGACCUAAGCGACACGGACGAGUUUGGUGCCAACGACAUGGACGGAGACGAUCUUAUCGAGGGGCUAAUUCUCCCGUUAGAAGGUCACGCGGUACCGGAACAGGAGACACGAGGGAUGACUCGUACGAGGUCCCUCGGGAAUCUCGAAUCGGCUCUCGAAGCGGCUGUUGCGGCGGAUCUGGCCGUUUUACCGUUUGACGCGACGAAGACAAGCAGCAGCGGCGGCGGCUCGGGGGAGCUUACUCGUACGGCGGGAGCGGGAGUGACCGCGCGGGGAGAGCAACUGGAGUUGAACACGUUAAAGAGCGCGACGCGGAGGGCUUCGAUUGCUGGAAGCGCCGUAGCGACAGCUUCGGCAGCGGCGCGAGGGAAGGGCUGGGGAGUCAGCCUGCUACACGCGAGGGAGACUCUAGGCGGCUCCGGUUCGUACGACGUCGAUCGACUUGCUAAUAAGCGAGUUGACUUUGGUGGCGCGCAAGGGUUGGGGACACAAACGGGGGGUGUGACUAGAAUGAAGGAGGGGGGAAACGUGGUGAAGUCGGGAGAGUUGGACCGUUUUUCGAGCUCUCGCGCGUCGGAACCAGGUGCUUCUCCAGGCGGGGCCUCUGUUGGUUCAGGUGGUGGCGACAGUGGUCGUCUUUCAUCGCUUUCUGCUUCCGCUUCGGGUGGUUCGGGAUUGGAGCUUUACUCUCCGUAUCCGGCUGGUGCUAACCCUAGCGAAAUCGCGACGGGACUGGCUUCGUCUGGUGGCAGCGUUGGCACGGAUGUGUUCAGUGGUGGUUUGGAUCCGUAUGGUGUAGCUGCCGUACCUCUUCCCGUGCCUACGCUCUCGCCUCGGCCAUCCAGCUCUGGCGGAGACAGGCCUGCUGGUGCUGCUGGGAGGAGAAGGGACGGGGGGAUGGGGGGAGGGGGAGUCGGGGGAUUGGAAGCGUCUGGGCUAAGCGCAGGGGGAGGCGUGCCAGUUGUUGUCAAGGCGGAGAGGGGUGCGGAUGGGAGGGCAAACGCGGAGAAAAUGCGCGGGUGCUGCGAAGGGGGGGAGAAGUGGGGAGGUGGGAGCGGAGAAACGAGGGGGGGCGGGGGAGGAGGAGCGGAGGUGAUGGGGAAAGUGAUUGCAGCGGUGGUUGAAGCACACUCGCUUUUCUUUACUGAUGAGACUCCCAACGGCACCAAGAUAUGUGACCACCUCCUCGCUGCCCUCCUCGACCUCACGCAGUCCCCCAUGGGAGUGAUUGCCUCUGUGUUGCACCGCCACGACGGCUCGCCCUACCUCAAGACCCACGCGGCUACCAACGUGGCAUGGACGCCAGAGCUGCACCAGUGGUGUCUCGCCAACUAUGCCAGCGGUCUCGUCUUCACCAACAUGAAGUCCCUCCUCGGGGCAUCCAUUGCCUCUCGUCAGCCGUAUAUCUCCAACCAUCCGCUCUCCGACCCCCAGUCCUCCGGCACCCCUCCUGGGCACCCGACCAUCAACGCCUUCCUCUCUGUGCCGGUGUUCAUGGGCACCGAGUUAGUAGGCGUGUGGAUGGUAGCGAACAAGGAGGGAGGCUAUAACGAGGAUAUAGUGCAUGCAACGGAGCCACUAUCCGCCACGCUGGGGCAGAUUCUUUUUGGCAUCAGCAAGAGGAAGCGAAGGAUGGAGGCAAAGAGCAAGCUUUACGAAGGCCGAGUGCCGGCUGCUGGGGAAUCCCGUCUGGUGGUGGACGCGUUGGGCACAGUCACAGCCUGCAACAGAGAGGCCAGCAAGCUGUUCUGCAUGCCCAUACUCGCACCACCACCAACAGCAGCACCAACAACAGCACCACCAGCAGCAGCAGCUGGUGCAGCGGGUGCGGGUGCUGGUGCUGCUGAUGAGGCUGUGUAUCCUCUGGCUGAGCCGGUGGCUUUCCCGGAUCUGUUUUACAACAUCAACUGCAGAGAGGACUUCAUGCUGCUCGGAGUGGACGCUCAUUUGGACAAGUCCUGCUGGUCCAUGGCACGCCAGCGCACCGGCAAGACCAUUCUCGCCCUCGUGCGCAUCACCAAAAAGAACCUCCCCACUGGCGCUGCUUUCGUCUGCUCUGUGUGGGAAAUGAUUCCACCCGAGUAUGCCAAGCUGCUCCGAGGAACCCAGUGA